GAUGUGCACCAGAAGGGGAGGAACCCCUUGGCAGAACCUCGGUCCAUCCCGAGACAGAAACCUCACUUUGAGACGAGGGGAGCUUGAACACCAGUGGAAGUUUUUAAACAUGGCCUGCUGGAAGAGAGCACUUUACCUGGGAGUCUGCAUGUCAGUCUGGAUCCUUACUCGGGCAGAUGAUUCUGCACCAAAAGCAGAGAAUGUUCGCUGGAUAUCUUUGGACUUUAAAACUCUCCUCAUGUGGACCUCAUCACCUUCACACUACACCUUCACUGUCAAGUACUCAUGGGAUGAAGGAGACUGGUUCGAGAGUCCAAACUGCAUCGACAUAUCAGAGAGAGAAUGUGAUCUGUCUGUGGAUCUGGAACCUAUUGAUAGGACCUUCACUGCUGACGUGCUGACUGAACCUGAGAGUGAUGAGCACCUGACGGAGGAGUUACCUCACACCUACUCACCUCCAUUCAACCCCUACACUCAAAGCGAGAUCAGCGCGGCAGAGUUCGACGUGGAGGUGUUGGAAGAAGGCCGAGUGAGCGUCGUCAUCAAAGAUCCUCUCACCAGUUUCCACCAAAAGGGUAAACAACUCAGCGUCAAAGACGUGCUGAAGGACGACCUGCAGUACAAGAUCAGCUACUACAAGUCUGGCAACACUGGAAAGAGAGACAUCAUAUCCAAGUCCAACCGGGCCGAGGUGUCCGGGUUAGAUGCCGGACACAGUUACUGCUUCAUGGUGGCGGCCUUCAUCCCCACCAGAGCCCCCGCCUACCGCCAGGGAACUUGGAGCAUGCAGCAGUGCACGCCUGGCCAGAAGAACGUCCUGCAAGAGUUGAGUCUGGGUGCGUUGGUGGGCGGCCUGUUUGUCAUCCUGCUGGUGCUGGUGGUCAUCAUCACGGUGAGCGUGCUGUGCUGCCGGAGAAGAACGCCCCCCGAGCAAAACUACCAAACAUCCACCGUGGUUUGAUGCGCCUCGGCCCCAUGUUGUACCGUAGCGACGACUCCUCCUCGCCUCAGAGUCACACCGAUGUUGUCCGUCGUUGGAAAGUAGGAGCUGGUCUUCACUUCUCUGACAAAAGGGUUUGUACUACCAUAUUAUGACUACAACUACUAGUAGUAUUUUCUGUUAUCUGCACGUCGCAUUCAUGACACAAAACACUGAAGUGAUUGUUUAUAAAGUAGUACACUUUGUAUUGGAGUACUUGCCCCACACUGACAGAUAUAUAUGGAGCGUAAUAUGAAAAAACACAGAGGCUAUUUCAUCCCGACAAGCCUGUUCCGCAGGAUUUUAUAUAAACUCCCCCGAAGAGCAGGAAAACUUGCGAAACCGGCUUGUAGGGAUGAAAUAGCCUCCGUGUCAGGAAAAAAACCCAGAGGCUAUUUUAUUCCUACAAGCCUGUUUCGCCGGUUUUCCUGCUCUUCGGGGGAUUUCAUAUAAAAACCUGCGAAACAGGCUUGUGAUUUUAUAUAAAAUCCCCCGAAGACCAGGGAAACCCGCGAAACAGGCUUGCAGGGAUGAAAUAGCCUCCGUGUUCUUUUCUGACUUAAAGUAUAUAUAUA